CGUUCAGUCGUAAUUUUGGUGUGAGUGAGUGCACACUCGGAGCUCGCGCACGUGCUCUCACGAGGGACUGCCGCUCUACCUCUCACCACGCCGAUCUUUUGACUUCCGGCUCAAUAAGCGAGUGUUUCACAAAUACAAUUUCCAAUUUUCUUAUCCUCCCUCCUCCUUUUUUUUAUUUUCCCCAUUUUCUUUCUUUUUCCAUUUUCUUAUCCCUCCUCCUCCUUUUUAUUUUCCCCAUUUUCUUUCUUUCUUUUUUUUUUUUUGAAGAUCGUGGGCAGGCGUGACACCACACUCACCUGUCCUUCUCCAUGACACCAGAGAUGAGUUCCCUCCCGUUGCUGGCGAAGAUAUGGAUCGCCUUGGCCGUUUUGGGCGCCGCUUCCUCAGAGCUGGUGGAGCUCUCCUACACCUUCAACCUCGACGCCCCGACCUCGCCCAAACUCACGCCAUUUUCCCAUCGGAUUGUGAGGAAGGGCGUGAACAAAUAUGGAUUGUGGGUCGAAAUGAACGACUUCAGCGCCAGCGAGCACUCCGGCACCCACAUCGACGCCCCUGUCCACUUCUCCGAGCGCGGCUGGACGCUCGACUCCGUCCCCAUCAGGAGGCUGUGGCGAGUUCCUGCCGUACUGAUCGACGUGACUCACCACGUUCAGAAUUCCGGUGUAAAGAACUACGAGAUAAAAGUGCGGGACCUCGAAAUGUGGGAGGCCCAGUACGGCAUACUCCCCGAUGGCUGCAUCGUGCUCUUUAUGACCGGUUGGGGCUCGAAAGUCCGCAACCUGAGGGAGUAUUCGGGCCUGGAUCGACACAACAAGAUCAACUUUCCAGGUGAGGAUCUGCGCAGCGGAGACAAGCUCAACUUUCCAGGUGAGGGUUUGGACCCUCUGAGGAGCAGGCAGAACUAUCUGGGUGCGGGGCUGGAACACCAAAUCAAACUCAACUUCCCAGGCCUGAGCAAGGGCGCGGCGGAGUGGCUCGCCAACCACGCCAGCCGCUACCACCAGCGCUGGGGCGUGAUCGGCGUCGGCAUCGACACCCUUUCGCUCGACGUGGGGCAGUCGGUGCGCUACCCGGCCCACGUGGCUCUCUUCGCCAACAACAUCUACGGCAUCGAGAACCUGGCCAACCUGGAUAGGCUGCCCCCGACCGGCUUCUACGUGACUGUGAUGCCCAUUCGCAUCGGCGGGGGGAGCGGCGCCCCUGCUCGGGUCCUCGCCGAGGUCAACGAGCCGUACCCGCCGGGGCGGUUCAGCCACUCGCCCGGACCCGUCGCUCCCUCGCUGGCACUCCUGAUGCCGGCACUCCUGCUGCUGGCACUGAGGAUGAGGGGCCAUAUAACGGCGUAGAACCUGAUAUUGUAUGCUUUUGUAUGUGUGUGUCGGCGUGCGUGUGUUUAUCCUCUUUCACAGAAUAGUGUGUGUGCUCUACGGGAAAGCAGAAAGCAGAUGGGUUCAAUGUUAUCACUUUUUACACGUUGCUAUCAUAGAUUUUGAACCGUUUCUAGUUCAGAAAGGAAAUUCUAUAGAAAAUCCAAUUCCUUUUGAUUUGCAUUUCAUACUAUUUUUAAUUUUCACACAAAUGUUCUGUACUCUAUGACAUUAUAUGUCACAGCAGCCAUGAAAUGAAUGGGGAUCAUGGUAGUUUAUAUGUAUGUGUGUGUAUGAGUAUACAUGUAUACAUACACACACACACACACACACACACACACACACACACACACACACACACACACA